UGUUCACUUCCGGGUCCGGCGCCGAUCCGGAUGCCCGAGGCAGAAGGAUGUUUGACCUCCGGAUAAGCGAGGCGCCGCUGUGCAUUCAUUCCCGGCCGCAUCGGUGGCGGCCGCAGCGACCCGGGCGGCGACUCUCCGGCCAGAGGCGGCGGUAGGAGGCCCCGGCAGGCGUGCGGGGAGCGCGUCGGCGCCGAGCUGCGUUCCCUCCCUCGCUCGCUGCUUCCCCCCUGCCUCGCUCGCCCGCCCGCUCCCUCCCUGCGUGGCUCGCUUUCCUCCUCCGGUCGCCGGCGGCUGUGAUGUGCCGCCGCCGCCGCCGCCGCCGCUGACGGACGGAGCAGGGGCGCCGCCCGCGCCCGGGACCGACCCCGCAGCUCGCGGCCGCGCCUCCGAGCGCGUCGCCUUUAGUUGGAAGAUUAAGAACCUACGGAUUUCGAAGAGGUCGAGAAAAGAAGUGGAUGCUUGUUCCUUGAGCAGUUCCUAGUGAAAUGACAUUUGCUGACAGUGAAAGAUGUUGAAGUACAUCGAACUUGGAACGUUUUUCGAAAUUAGAAGUCUUUAGUUUUUCAGUCCGUGCAUCCAUAUUUUGGGGAAUACAUGCUUUCCCUGCAGGGAAAAGUGGAAGAAAAACAAGCACAGGUUAUUGCUUGGUUAUGAGUUUAGGGUUCGAAAGAUGUAAGGCCGGUUUUAGAGAACAUUUUCCACCGAAAAUCGGACGUAGUUCGGGACAUUGUUCUUACCUUCCUUGGGGGUGGGGUGGAGAGUUCUGGGUAGCGUCGUCUCAUGACUACGUCCAGACUUUGCUUCAGCUGUGGUUUGAGCUCAGCUAAAGUACAUUUUGUCUAUAUUAGCCUUCCUAGUUGCCCAUCAGGUGGGAACCGUAUUGAUAGGCACUGAAAGAAGCCUACCAUCAGACAAACUGUGUGGCUUUGGCAUGGCUGCUCUGGAAUGUGCAGACACCACGGCUUCCAGGGGAGCUUGCAUUUCUGGAUAUGCAUCAGGUCGCCAUUUCCCCAAGCGUCCAAAGCAUAUGCUUGUAGUGGAAGCAAAGUUUGAUGGAGAACAGUUGGCUACCGACCCUGUGGACCACACUGACCAGCCAGAAUUUGCUACAGAGUUAGCCUGGGAGAUUGACAGGAAGGCCCUUCAUCAGCACAGGUUGCAACGUACUCCUAUCAAACUGCAGUGUUUUGCCUUGGAUCCUGUAUCUUCAGCCAAGGAAACUAUAGGUUACAUUGUUCUAGACUUAAGAACUGCUCAAGAAACAAAGCAGGCUCCAAAGUGGUACCAGUUGUUGAGUAAUAAAUACACCAAAUUUAAGGCUGAGAUCCAGAUAAGCAUUGCUUUGGAAACAGAUACAAAGGCACCAGUGGAUAGUUUUAAAGCUAAAGGAGCUCCCCCUCGAGAUGGAAAAGUACCUGCCAGCCUAUCUAGACUAGACCCAAAGGACAUUGUGGCAGUGCUGAAUGAGGAGGGAGGCUACCACCAGAUUGGACCGGCAGAAUAUUGCACUGACUCCUUCAUUAUGUCGGUGACCAUUGCAUUUGCCACCCAACUGGAGCAGUUAAUUCCAUGUACCAUGAAACUUCCAGAAAGACAGCCUGAGUUUUUCUUUUAUUAUUCUUUGCUGGGAAAUGAUGUUACAAAUGAACCCUUCAAUGAUUUGAUCAACCCAAACUUUGAGCCAGAGAGAGCAUCUGUUCGAAUACGUAGCAGCCUAGAAAUUCUUCGUAUUUACCUGGCUCUUCAGUCUAAACUACAGAUCCAUCUUUGCUGUGGAGACCACUCACUUGGAAGUACAGAAGUACCCCUAACUGGACUGCUGAAAAAGGGGAGUACAGAAAUCAACCAACGCCCGGUCACCGUUGAGGGUGCUUUUAUCCUUGACCCUCCAAACCGAGCCAAACAGAAGCUUGCACCUGUUCCCAUGGAGCUAGCCCCAACAGUGGGAGUGUCUGUGGCUCUGCAGAGAGAAGGCAUAGAAGCCCAGUCUUUAAUUGAAUUAAAGACCCAGAAUGAACAUGAACUACAGCAUUCAAAGAAGCGAGUUUUAACUCCUAUAAAAGAGAAGAUACUCACUGGGCCAAAGUCACCAAGCAUGUCCCCUGUUCCACCUCAAAACCUUUCACCUCCAACAAAAGAUGAUGCAACAGGAAGUGAAGUGGAAAGCUUGCAAUAUGAUAAGGAUACAAAACCAAAUCCAAAGGCCAUCACUUCUGUACCUGCUUCGGUGGCCCAGGCAGUGGGCCAGGCAGUGACUGCAUCCCAUGCUUCAGAAACAGCCUCAGGACAGAAGAUUGCUGUGCCAGCAACAUCACAUCAUUUUUGCUUUUCAAUAGACUUAAGGAGUAUCCAUGAUUUGGAAGUUGGUUUUCCAGUCAACUGUAUAUUAAGGUACUCCUAUCCAUUCUUCGGUAGUGCAGCUCCUAUUAUGACUAAUCCUCCCGUAGAAGUUCGCAAAAACAUGGAAGUUUUUCUCCCGCAGUCUUACUGUGCAUUUGAUUUUGCAACUUUGCCUCAUCAGCUGCAAGAUACCUUCUUAAGGAUUCCACUGCUGGUUGAAUUAUGGCACAAGGAUAAAAUGAGUAAAGAUUUACUUCUGGGAAUCGCCAGAAUCCAGCUUUCUAACGUCUUGUCUUCAGAAAAAACACGCUUCUUAGGUUCCAGUGGUGAACAGUGUUGGCGUCAAACUUACAGUGAAAGUGUGCCUUUUAUAGCAGCACAGGGGUCAAACAACAGGAUAAUAGAUCUUUCUUACACAGUAACUCUAGAAGAUUAUGGACUAGUAAAAAUGCGUGAGAUUCUUGUCUCUGAUUCAUCUCAGGGUUUAUCUGCUGUACAACAGAAGCCAUCUUCCCUUCCUCCUGCACCAUGUCCUUCAGAAGUCCAGACAGAGCCUCGAGAAACCUUGGAAUACAAAGCAGCAUUGGAGCUGGAAAUGUGGAAAGAGAUGCAAGAAGACAUUUUUGAAAACCAGGUGGCUGAAUAUACUGUUCUAGAAGGAAAACUUCAAAAAACCCUAAUUGACUUAGAGAAGCGAGAGCAGCAGCUUGUCCUUGCAGAAUCAGAGGUUCAAAGAGAAAGAAAGGAACUGAAAUCAGAACGUGAACGGAACCUGCAAGAACUUCAGGACUCCAUCCGGAGGGCCAAAGAAGACUGUGUUCACCAGGUUGAACUAGAAAGGUUAAAGAUGAGACAGCUGGAAGAGGACAAACACCGUCUACAGCAGCAGCUUAAUGAUGCUGAAAAUAAGUAUAAGAUUUUGGAAAAAGAGUUUCAUCAGUUCAAGGAUCAGCAAAGCAACAAACCAGAAAUCCGCCUACAGUCUGAAAUCAAUCUUCUCACCUUAGAAAAGGUUGAACUUGAAAGGAAGUUGGAAUCUGCAACUAAGUCUAAACUGCAUUACAAGCAGCAGUGGGGACGAGCUUUGAAAGAACUUGCCAGACUUAAACAGCGGGAACAAGAAAGUCAAAUGGCUCGUCUCAAAAAACAGCAGGAAGAAUUGGAACAGAUGAGACUACGUUACCUGGCUGCAGAGGAAAAAGAUACGGUGAAAACCGAGAGACAAGAGUUGUUGGAUAUAAGGAAUGAAUUAAACAGGUUAAGGCAGCAAGAACAGAAACAGUACCAGGAUUCCAGAGAGAUUGCAAGCGGAAAAAUGGACAGCCCACGUGGCAAUGCCCUGGAAGAAGGUUUGGAUGAUUAUUUGACUCGACUCAUAGAAGAAAGGGAUACUUUGAUGAGGACGGGUGUGUAUAAUCACGAGGAUCGAAUAAUAAGUGAAUUAGACCGACAGAUCAGAGAGGUUUUGGCAAAAAACAGUGCCAGUAAUUAAUAACAUUUGGAAAAUCUUUACAGAGACUCCAGGCCUAAAUUGUAAUUUCAUUGUAAAACCCUCAAAAGAAGGGAAAAUGGAUGUUUCAAAAUCAAUUUUCAAUUUUUUUAUAAGCAAAAUUUUGUAUGUUAUUGUACAGUAUUUAUUUGAUUUUAUUUACUGUAUGCUACCUCUCCCACUCUGGUUUUAUUUGUAAUUGCAUUUUAUACACUCAUUUUAAAUGACUUCAGUGUUUCUCAUAAUUUAUAAUUUCAUGGCUAACUUUCAAAACAGCUUUUCACGAGAUUUGUCCUUAGAGAAAUGACUGCAGUAAUUUCUAGUUGUAUAAUUUUUCAAGUUGAGCCAAAAGAAUAUAUUUUGCCCUUUAAAAAUGCUGCGUCCUAUUCAUUUGAAUAUAGCUAUCUCAAAAGUUAAGGCCAAUUGUAAACAAUUUUUUUUUCACUUACUUUAGACAGUCUGAGUUUUUAACUUAUAACAUUUGCAUGUGACAAGUUUGAAAACAGAAAGCAGGAUCAAUGCAGAGAAGCUGAAAGAUCUGAAUGAUAAACUAGGGAUUAAUUUAAAUAAAGCUAAUACAGAGUGAACAUGUUUCAACACCCAUUGAAUUUCCAUAUUUUCAUUGUGCUCCUUUCAGGAAAAUGAACGUCAUAGUUGAAAAAAGUACUUGUCUGCCCAUCUCUUUCCAAGAUUGUAUUAUUUUGUUUUCUUGAAAAGAUGGAUUUUUUAUUUUCCAAUACGAGUAAUGCUUGUUGUUAACCCAGACCCUUUGUAAUGUAACAGGCAGACAGACACAAAGGCUUCUAAGAAAGAAGAGCAGAAAAAUGACUAUUUUGUUUUCCCCCUAAUUUUAAUCAAUUGGCUUUUAAAGUACCCAAGAUUAAGUCAUUGGAUUUCUGUCCUGCCCUGUGUCUACAAACUUCUUAGAAUUCCUGUGCAUUGUUUUCACAGCAUUUGCCCUCAGGGCGACACUUUCCAUCUCCUUUUACAGGGUUUGUUAGCAAAUUCACAGAUUAUCUGAGUCUUAAGAUAGAUGUAGUUUAAAACUUCUGAUUCCCAAAUAUAAUAAAUUUAAAUGUACUUUAGGAAACAUAUAGCACUCACAAAGAACUUCCAAAAAGCAUGUUUCCAAAAAAGCAGAAUAGGCUGUUUGGAAACAUAAUUUUCUGUUGUUUUCAAAGAGGUAUAUUUUUUGGAGGAAAGGAAAGCCCUGCACGCAUUAUAUGUUUUGUUUCCUUAAUAACAAAGUAUUAACCUUCUUAAAACAACCCAGCAGUAAAUAACAGAGAACUAAAUGACUGAGUGAGAGAUUAAGGGCUACAUGAGUUACAGCAGGAAUGUGAAAUAUUAAUUAUGGUUAGACCUUUCUCUCGCUGAUUCUCCUGCCGCAUGAACUUCUGGAGGUCUCUGGGCAGUAAAUGGCACUGGGCCCUUCACCUGCUUUUGUGCCCCGUGUGACUGUUUCCCAACACUAGAGGGGGCCUCGGAUUCGGAGAAACAGAAAGGACUCUUCUGACUGGUGUGUGGUUCAUUUGCCCCUCUGUCAGGCCAUGUCCUGCUCCGUAACUUAAAUAAAAAGUCACAGUCCUGCGCCCGGUGAGCUGAGCAGUCUGUGACUUCUGCUUCUCCGCAGAAUCAGCAGGUGACUGGCACUUCCAGCCGCUCUAAGGAGCUGCCGUAGCCCCUAUUUCUAUAGGCUUGACAGUUGGGUACAUCUGAAGUUUUAAAUCCUUCUGGUAGUCCUUCAGCAACAGCCAUGUCCUGUGUAAGGAUCCUGGGUAUUCCGAGUUACUCUGAGUGUUUGCGAGUUGAGGGUUGCCACAACAGAUGAAUGAAGGGAGGGUUGUCACCUAGGGAGCCAGGUUCCUCAUUACUCUUUUCCUCAGGUUAUCGCACCAUGAGGUUUCGUACCUCACAGGUAUCGUACCUCGCAGAUGUUUGUGGCUCCUUGACACGGACAGUCUCUCGCCUGAGGCUGGCACACCCCCCCUCACCCAUGGAAGGAUCUAUCAGGUUAUCCUGGUUGACGGGGUACCUUAUCUGUAAACCUGAAGACUUCCUUUGCCUGUGCAGCCCAGUAAUUUCUAUCCCGCUUGCAGAUGUGGGAGUUGGAGUCGGUUUCAAGGACAUAUUGGGGCAGACAUCAGUCCAGUCUGACCAGUGACUUUGCUGCCCAACCUGAAUGUCACUGCUCAGUACCCAGUACACAUUGCCUGCUCUCGCAGUCUGAAAAAUGGUUUUCUGUGAGCUGUGUGGUGAAUUUUAAAACCUGGCCUCUUGUACCAUUAGGUCCACCUUUAAGGAAUAGCCGACUUGAUUUUUUUUUUAAUUUUUUUAAUUUUUAUUUUUUAUUUUUUUUAAAGAUUUAUUUAUUUAUUUAUGAUAGAUAUAGAGAGAGACAGAGAGGCGCAGAGACACAGGAGGAGGGAGAAGCAGGCUCCAUGCCGGGAGCCCGGUGUGGGACUCGAUCCCGGGACUCCAGGAUCGCGCCCUGGGCCAAAGGCAGGCGCCAAACCGCUGAGCCACCCAGGGAUCCCCUGAUUUUUUUUUUUUAAUCGAUAAAAUUCACAACCACAAAAUUCACUUUUUUAAAGGAUACAAUUCUGUGGUUUUUAGGGAUAUUCUCAUGAUUGUCCAGCCAUCACCACGAUAUAAUUCUAGAACAUUUUCAUCAACCCCAAAGGAAACCCCAUGGGGAUUAGCAAGUCAGUCCCCAUGCUCCCCUCUGCCUAGCUCCUGGCGACCACUAAUCCACUUUCUUUAUCUUAGGCUUUGGCUAUUCUGGGCAUUUAUGUAAGUGAAGUAUUUAAAACUGGAAAUAAUAAAAAACCUGAAGUAAUUUUCUAUAACCAGUUCCUAUGGUACAUAUUUUAUCAGAUGGUGAAUAAAGUGGUAACAGAUCCAGAAGGCUAAAAUAAGGGUAUAACAUGUCAAUCUAUUAAGACGAUAGCUCCAGUCUUACUAUCAAUUACCUCCUAAGCAGGGAUGAGCACUCGUUGUAAAAGGUGAAAAAUGUUCUGCUAUAACAGCCCUGAGCAAUCCCAUGGUGCUGGCAAUGACUUACUGAUACGGGCAUGGGUCAGGCCCCUGGCAUCAUAUCCAAAGUGCAUGCUGCCCCCAUGUUUUGCCGAGUUUUGCAAUAAUGAGAAGCAUGGUUAACCACAAAGUAUGCUCAGUGAGGACAGACAACAGGUCCAGCUUAUUUUCUGCCAUCUGCCAGGACUAAAAUAAUGCCUGCCACAUGUAGUCACUGAGUACUUGUUGUAGUCAUGAAGAAAUAAGGAAAGAUUCUGUAUGGUUUCCCAGUCAAAAGACAUAAAAAAUUAACUGUGAUGGAGAUGCUAGGAAAACAGGCUCUUCUGACCUUCCGGUCCCAGGUCCUGCUGAAGUCGAGGACUAUUUUUUGUUGCACUGUCAUGCUUUUCAAAACUGUGCUUCAAAUGCUGUGAGACAGAGUGAGUCCAGAUUACCAGGGGCUGGGGCUGAGACUGAGAACGAGUGAGUGCUGAGGGGGGACAGAAUUUGUUUGUGAUGAAAAUGUUCUGGAUUAGGUAGAGUGGGAACGGUUGCACAGCCCUGCCUAUAAUAUAUUUAAUGCCAGUGAAUUGAAUUAGGCACUUAAAGAUGGUUAAGACUUUAUGUACAUGUAUUUUACCACAGUUAAAAAAAAACAAAACUUCAUGUCUGUCUACCUAGUGCUUUCAUGCUGGCAGUUUUCUGCAUGUGAGUUGCCAGCCAAGCCAUUCUGGAGGAUCCUAUCUUCUCAUUCCCUGGCUGUAGGAAUAGAACAGACACUUUGUUAGAUGUUUGCUGCACCUUUGUUAACAAAAUCCAAAGUUCCUGAAAAUUAAUGGCUACUUUUUCAUUCUGACUUCUAGAGGUGAAUUGAAACUUGCUGUAACACACCCAUCUUUUAUAAAAUUAAGACCUUGUCCUUUAAACAAACAACACCCCCCCCCAAAAAAAAAAAAAAACUACCCACAACAACUGGUGUUUCAUUUAGGAGAUAGUCCAGACCAUGGACAUAAAUUGGUUAGAGAAUUUUUCACAAUGGAUUUCAAAUUGCCUAAGUUAGGCUUCAUAGUCUUCUUAUUGGUUGGUGGUCUUACCCAGUGAUGAAGUGAUUUGUGCGGGAGUACUGAGUAAAGUCUGGUUGGAUAAUUUUCCAUACGGUAUGUGAAAAUCUAAACCCAUCUUUGACACUUGUUUUUUUGGCACCUGUAACACCUGGAUGGCACCUGGGGCUUAAGGGCCCAGACUUUGCAACAUUCCCUUUUCUGCUGCCUGCUCUAGAGCAUUUCUCACCCUUCUUCCUUCCUCUCCUCUUCCCCCAGCUUCUGUGACUCAGGAAACCAAGAUGUAACACCUCUAACUUGGUAUAAAUGGGAAAUUCAGACAGAAUCAUGUAAGCACCUAAAUUUUUCACUAAAACUCAAAGAGCCAGAGUAUUCACUGAUUGUAUUACAUAACCUCAAUUUGGCAUCAAGUUCGAAUCCACUCUUGUUAGGAAUGUAACUGUAGAAAGGCUGCUAUAUACUUAAAUCUCAUUUUAUUUGCUUCUCUGGGGGGUUGUCUUCAUGUUUUCAUUAGAAAUGUUUUUACAGAUGUAGGCUCUUCAGAUAUAAAGUUGCUGAAGUGGAGACUCAGAAGUUUAGCUUUCAGACUCAGAAGUUUAGCUUUCAAAUUAAAGGGGGGUAGAAAUCUGUUUAGAAAGAUUAAUUUAUAGAUAAAUAAUUUACUGACUGAUACGUUAAUGUACAAGGAUCCCUAGAGGCUUUUAAAGAUGUAGUCAUUAUAUUUUUAAGGUUUCUAAGAAUGUUAAACCUGUCAUUCAUAACAGGACAGAACUAAAAUAAGGUCCAUUUAUAAUUUCUUCUUGGAAACAUUUCAUCCACAAAUUCAUAGACAAAUAUUUUUUCUUUUCCAAAUAACCUAUCUCAGAGUUGGACGGCACAAUCCUUUUCUUGAUUAACAUGUUAACUAGCUGAAAGCCUGCAGAUACAUUGGAUGAAUGCUGAGUUUUCCUCAAUAUUUUAUAUUAAAACUUGGCUAGUGAAAAAGAAAUAUUACUGCAAAAUCUUGCUUUGACAUUAUUGUAAAUUUUAGUGAAUGCCAACCCAAUACUGAGAAAGUCUGUGCCUGGUAGGUUUGUGGUAUUUUAAGCUCUUCUUCGGCAAAUUCUCUUCUCUGUGAAUAAACUGAACAGGAUUAAAGCAUUAAAGACCUAGUCCCAUUGCUAGGACUUCUUUCUAUAAUCUGAAAAGUCAACAUUUGGUUGCUAACAUUUCCAUCUGUUUUCUUGAAAGAAUCAUCAAUUGUCAAGCAAGACUGGUACUGUAUUACUUGAGUUCAGUUCACAUUUUGAGCAAAAUGUGAUGCUCUGAAUAAAGUCUGGCAGAUCAGGAACUUGAGGCCAAAAUAUUGAGCCCCUACCUUUAGUCAUGCUGUUGAAAAUGAGUGAGCUAGUGUUGCAGACUGGUGUAUUCACCUAUUGCCUCAAGGAAAAAAAAAUUCAGUUCCUUUCUUAACUUCAUUGUUGGCAGAUGAGAUUGAUGGUCUUGUCUUGGUUACUGACAGAUGUUUAUUUAGAUAACAAAUUUGUAAAAUCUUCACAAAGAAAAUAAAGGUACGAAAGAAGAAAUAGUUUUAUAAAUAGUCUUCAGAAGUAAUUUAGCCCAUAGACUCUUUUUGCCAAUAAAAAUUGUAUUUGCCAGCCCACAGUUGGCCUUCCAUCAAUCCCUCUGCUGUCAACCUACCUCCCUUAUCUCUGUGUGCCUGUGUGUUUACCAGGAACGAAUCACACUCAAAAUAUGUCUUCAAAGGAUUCUUUUUAAAACCCACAAAAAAGAACAGAGAAGGAGAAAGAGUAGAAAGAAGAGCUCAAAAAUAAAUAAAUCAUAAAUAAAUAGUUCAUACCCCAGUUUUGUCUUUUGGUCGACCUUUUUCCUUGCUAAAGGUUAUAAGGUGUCAGCUCGUUCUGCUAUCACCCUUUGCCUCUUAUGUUAUCAUUUGAACCUCAGUGUCACUGUCCAGAUCUACAAGAUGUGAGUCCAGCAGUGUACAUAUGCAGGAAUAGCAGAUAUCAGCCUCAUCUGUUGCUGACUGAAGCCCACUUGAAAUUUGCCGCAUUCAUGCAUGCCAUUGUAAUGCUACUCUGGUAUAUGCACAUACUGAGCAAGGCCUUCAGGUGUGUCUUCCUACCAAAUGAGAGAAUAAUCUGCCCAUUCUACUGAAAUCAGAUGAAUUUCUGCCCAUUCUACUGAGAUCAGAUGAAUUGAGGUAUUCAUGACUAUAUUUAUAUAUUUUUAUAUUAUGUUUAUAUAAACUGAAACUCCUUUGUUUAGUAUAGAAUUCUGUAUAGUUGUAUAUAAAUCACUCAUACUGUUCUUCCUAUUAUAUUUUUGAUAUUAUAUCCUUCAUGAUUAUUAGUGGACUGUAUAGGUGACAUUGGGCCUCUCUUCCCUUUACAAAUCAACAGCAAAGAAUGGACAAGACCCAUUUCUGAAUUUUUCUUCUCAUCCCUUAUCUACAUUCACUCUUCUACCUUUCCUGUGAUUACUCUGCAUCCUAACCAUCGACGUUAACAAAACGUUUCCAAUCACAAGAUUAUUAAUAAAAGCUCUAAUAAUGCU